AUGCCAGUACAGUCGAUAACCGCUAGCGAGUUCUCUGACAUUGUCUCUGUUGACAGCAUAGGAAAGUACGUUGUGAUCGAUGUCAGGACCCCCGAGGAAUUCGCCGAGGGGAAUGUCGAAUCCAGUCACAAUCUUCCAGUGGCUGAGCUGGCCGACGCACUGGCCAAGUCCGAAGACGAGUUCAAAGACACAUACGGGUUCAAUUUGCCAGCACCAAACAGUACCACAAUGCUCGUAGUUUACUGCCGUAGUGGCAACAGGGUUCGGCGCGCCGAGGGCAUUCUGGCGCAGGCCGGGUACAUAGAUAACCUGCUUGCAUACUACCCAGGGUGGCUCGAAUACAGCACGAUAGUGGCCAGCUAG